AUGACUGAAAAAGAAAAGAGGGAGAACGAGGGUAUUGCUGUUCUUAUUCUCUCUCUAAAUCUCUGCAACUACGCUUCCCAUCUUCGAUCAGCAAUCCAGCCCAAAACUCCAUCAUCGAUCUUCCAAUUUCUUGAUCUAACAACAUCAAUCUUUAGGAUCUACAUCCAUCUUCAGGCUGUAACCCUUGCAAUUAUUGAUCUUCCACGUUCUCAAAUUAAUUGUUGGCGUUAUUACAGGUGGUACACUUGUUCUGGGGGACGACUUUCUCUAUCAAAUUGUUGUCUAUCUGAAUGGUGUUUGUUUCUAGGGCACACCACCAUCUUUAUCUCAAGACACAAUCUAUCACAACCAUCAUCGUCCUUCCUCCCUCAUCUAAAUUUCAUCACUAGCAUAUUUUUGCUUCCCUCUCUUCUUAUCUUCUUGUUGCUGCCCUAUGUCCUCGCGUCAUCGUCAUUGUGAAAAAAAAUUAGCAGAAUAAGGGUUAAUGGG